UACCCAUUUGUAGGCUGAAGGACCCUCUAUGAAGCGUACAAUGAAUGCCUAUUGUUCCUGUAGCUGGCUGUAAAGCGCCUGUCGGAAUAUAAUUUAGGUGACCGCAUAGUGCCUGCAAGGCUACGGUCAGGUGCUAAGAAAGCUGUCAGUCUUGUGGGGGGUUGUCAGUGCCAGGCCUAUUCGGACUGAGUGUUGGUUUCUUACUUACUAGUGUCAUAAGUGGCCCUUUCCCCUAGCCGGCACGAUGUUGGAAGAAGCUGGAGAGGUGUUUGAUAACAUGCUGAAGGCCUCUUUCCCUCUCACUAUCAUCGUCUUCAUACCAGCGGUACUGCUCCUCGUGUCCCCUUUGCAGGCCGAAGCUGCCCAUGAGUUCACUGUGUAUCGAAUGCAGCACUAUGAUCUGCAGGGGCAGAGCUACGGUACUCGGAAUUCAGUGCUUAAUACAGAGGCUCGUACAGUUCAGGCAGAUGUGCUGAGUCGACGAUGUGUGCUUAUGCGUUUGGCAGACUUUUCCUUUGAGCAAUACCAGAAAGCUCUCCGGCAGUCAGCAGGAGCAGUGCAAUUCAUGGAUAUUGAGCCUGAGAUGCUGUCCAUGGAGACUCAGGUUCCGGUCUACUUUGCAGUUGAAGAUGAAGAGCUGCUUUCUAUAUAUGAGCAGACACUUGCAGCCUCUGCCAGCCAGGGUACAUCAUCUGCAGCAGAAGUACUUCUGCAUACAGCCACUGCCAAUGGUUUUCAGAUGGUGACUAGUGGAGCUCAAAGCAAGGCAGUUAGUGAUUGGUUGGUAACCAGUGUGGAGGGGCGUCUGACUGGCCUUGGAGCAGAAGACCUCCCAACUAUUGCCAUUGUGGCUCAUUAUGAUUCUUUUGGAGUGGCUCCUUGGUUGUCAUAUGGAGCAGAUUCUAAUGGAAGUGGUGUGGCCAUUCUUCUGGAGCUGGCCCGCCUUUUCUCUCGUCUGUAUACCUACAAGCGCACGCAUGCUGGGUACAAUUUGCUCUUUUUUACAUCAGGUGGAGGGAAGUUUAACUACCAGGGCACAAAAAGGUGGUUAGAAGACCAUUUGGAUCACACAGAUUCUAGCCUUCUUCAGGACAAUGUGGCUUUUGUACUCUGCCUGGACACCCUGGGAAAUGAUGACACCUUGCACCUUCAUGUCUCUAAACCACCAAGGGAAGGAACCUUGCAGCACACUUUUCUCAGGGAAUUAGAGAUGGUAAUUUCAAGCCAGUUUCCAGAGGUGAAGUUUUCCAUGGUUCACAAAAAGAUUAACCUGGCAGAGGACACACUUGCUUGGGAACAUGAGCGGUUUGCUAUCCGCCGUCUGCCAGCUUUCACCAUUUCUCAUCUAGAAAGCCAUCGAAGUGGUCAUCGUAAUAGUAUAUUAGAUCUUAGGUGGAAAGUUGAUACCCAGGUUCUUGCCCGUAACACUCGCAUCAUUGCUGAGGCACUCACUAGGGUUAUUUAUAACCUGACUGAAAAGGCAGCUCCCUCUGACCUGCAGAUCUUUACAAAGCAGAUGCAGGUACAAAAAGAGCAGCUGGAUGCAGUCAUGCACUGGCUGACCAAUCAGCCCCGUGCUGCUCAACUGGUUGACAAGGACAGCAGUUUACUCAGCACUCUGGAAUAUUACAUGAGUCGGUACCUAAAGGAUGUUAAGCUUUAUCAUGUUAAGGCUGACAAACGGGACCCAGAGUUUGUAUUUUAUGAUCAACUGAAGCAGACCAUGAAUGCAUACAGAGUAAAGCCUGCCAUUUUUGAUCUACUGCUUGCACUUUGUAUUGCUGCUUAUCUUGGGCUCUCCUAUUUUGCUGUUCAGAAUUUCAAUGUACUGUACAAAUUGGUACAGAGAGUUUCUUGGAAACCCAAACAGCAAUGAAGAUGUCAUCCUUAAAUGAACCUCAUCCACAAAAAGCUAAACUUUUAUUCAUCUUUAAAAGGACUGUUUUGUACAUUUUAACCCACCAACUCUUAUUUCUAUAAAAUGGGGGGACCAUAUGCCUUGAAAGCACUAAGUUGCUUGCAUGGACUAACUUCAACAUUAAGCUUAUCAUUGCUUUGGUGGGAAGGAGGACACUAUGGUGCCAUAAUUAUUCCCUAUCUGGGUACUCAGGUUGAAAGGGUGGGCUUUAAGUGUUUAUAAUACUGUAUGACACCAUAAAACCCCACUUUGCCUUUUUUUUUGUUUGUUUUUCUACAUCAUGCACUGACAUUCCCACUUUGUUUUUCUAAAUCAUUAAUGUUAUUUAAAAUCAGAAAAGUUGUAUAAUGACCAAAAGAACCAAUUAAAUAAAAAGCUGGAUAUCUUA